UAUGAAAAAGCAGCUUAGUAGUGAAGAUAUCAUCAAGGUUCCUCCUCAUUAUCAGAAGUUGAUCAAGAAAGCAAGAAAUUUGGAGUUUUCUUUAGCUAAACUUGCAGCAAUGAGGUCUAGGACCCCAGGCGAUAGAGAAACCCAAUCUAUAAUGAAUAGGCUAAAGGACAACAAAAACAAAGUUUAAAACUUUGAAGAAAAUUGAUGUUGAUAAAGCGAAUGAGUCAAAAUAUUCUACAUGUCUGAAGCAAUCACAUCUUAAAGAUUUGAAAAUCAAGAAAAUUACAAAUUUUGUUAAGCCUCCGAACCCAGAUUCAGACUCUGAGGAAGAAAGUCAGCAGGUGAAAAAGACAGUUGAUCUUCCAAAGCCAAUGAUUAAUCUUUCUUGUCACAACCCGCAUCAGACUGAAGAGAAGGAGAAGUUUUAUCAACUACUGAGCUACCUCAAGGAUAACAAUAAGAGUGUGAAUGCUCGUUCUAUUUCCUCAUUUUCAAGGAAGAAUACCGCCUUCUGAGCAAAGAGUUAUAUGUCAGAGACCCAAUAUGGGGAGCCAACUUUGGGAUCUCAAUACCUCAGCUAUUCUAAAGACCAUAGAAAAUUGAGAAUUCCAAACCUAGGGAGAAAUAUUGGGAGUAUUAGUUAUCAUA